AUGUCAGACAAGCCAAUUUUUGUGGCUGCGCAUCCCCGAGCGUGUUCCACGGCAUUCGAGCGCGUAUUUAUGACUCAACAUGACACUAUUCAAUGUGUUCAUGAGCCAUUUGGUGACGCUUUCUACUACGGCCCAGAGCGACUCUCAACCCGAUUUGCGGAUGAUGAACAAACCCGUUUGAGCAGUGGAUUCAGCAAGUUUACCUAUGGCUCGGUCCUGGAGGGAAUUAAGCGAGAAGCUUCUAAGGGAAAGCGUGUAUUCAUCAAGGACAUCGACUAUUAUCUCUUUGCGCCUGACCGGAAGCCUACCAGUAUCGCCCCAUCUUUAAGAACUACCACAGGUGGUCAUCUUUCCAGCAAAGCGGCAAGCAACAACGGCUGUACUCAGAAGGAGUUGAGCCAAUACCCAACCCUGUCUGAGCCAGGAAACCCAACCGUGAUGCCGCGUGCAAUACAGGAAAUGUUUCAUUUUACAUUCCUCAUCCGCGAUCCGCACUAUAGCGUGCCAUCCUACUACCGGUGUACCAUCCCACCGCUGCGUGAGAUCACAAACUUCUAUUUUGAUCCACUCGAAGCCGGAUAUGACGAGCUUCGUCGGCAUUUCGAUUACCUGAAAGAUACUGGCCUUGUCGGACCGCACGUAGCAACACGACCCGACUUAAGCAGCCAAGAGGCCAACGCUGAGUCGGACUUGAAGAAAUGCACCGGCCACGAAAUAUGUGUUGUCGAUGCAGAUGACCUACUAGACGCGCCAGCAGCCAUGAUCGAGGCAUUUUGCAAGAGUGUCGGGCUGCAGUAUGACCCUCGAAUGCUGCAAUGGGAUAGGGAAAUCGAUCAUGCAGUGGCAAAGGACAAAUUUGAGAAAUGGCGUGGCUUCCACGAUGAUGCGCUCGAUUCCGAGGGGCUUCAAGCGAGGACUCACAAGCGUGCUCCAAAAUCAGAGCAGGAGUUCGAUAGCGAGUGGCGUGAAAAAUAUGGCGAAGAGGCGGCGGCUAUGAUUCGCAAGACGGUUGUCCAGAAUAUGCCCGACUACUUGUAUCUGAAACAGUUUGCUAUGCGGGUCUAG